AUGAGCAAACCUCUGCUCAGGAUCCCUUACACGGACCUUCCCUUGCCCUCAGUAAUAGCACCGGCUUCAGCCUCUACCCUUCCCGGUGCCAUUGCCGCGCUUCAUCGCUUCUUCGUUGCUCCAUCUCCGCGACAUCUGCCCUCUUCGGCCGUUGUUCUCACAGGUGCAGGUCUGUCAGUUGCUUCUGGCCUAGCAGAUUAUCGAGGCGUCAAAGGCACUUACAAGGUCAACAAAACAUAUCGUCCCAUCUAUUACCCUGAGUUUCUCAAGAGUCAUGAAUCUCGAAAGAGGUAUUGGGCUCGUAGCUUUCUAGGCUGGUCCAAUCUACGAAAAGCAUCACCGAAUAGUGGACAUUAUGCUAUAAGGGACUUGGGAGAUUUGGGUCUAAUACGAAGUGUUAUUACUCAGAAUGUUGACUCCUUUCACCCGAGGGCUCAUCCUAAUCUAUCAACUCUAGAGUUACAUGGGUAUCUAAGGGCUGUUGUCUGCACCACCUGUAGGAACGAAUUCUCCAGGAACGAGUUCCAAGAGAAGCUGGCCAGCCUCAACCCCCGAUGGGCUGAGCUACUCAAGAAAGCCCUCGAGUCGGGGGCGCUAGAUACUGAAGACCCAGUCGAACGUCGGUUCAAAGGCCUCAAGGUCAACCCCGACGGUGAUGUUGACCUGCCGGACGCCCCCUACACAACUUUCAGAUACCCGCCUUGUCCUAAAUGCCUGUCUCACCCGCCAGAGAACUCAGACGGUCACAAACAUGUUGUACAAGUCGACGCGGAUGGGGCUUGGAAGCUUCCUAGUACAGCAGGCAUUCUAAAGCCUGCUGUAGUCAUGUUUGGCGAGAGUAUCGACAGCCAUGUCAAGAACGCGGCUGAAGAAGCCAUCGAUAAUGCUGGAAAGCUGCUCGUGGUUGGCACCUCGCUUGCCACUUAUUCGGCUUGGCGACUUGCCAAGCGAGCUCAGGAUCGGGGCAUGCCCAUCGCUGUUAUCAGCAUGGGCGGUAUCAGGGGCGAGGAUAGGUUUUUUGCGGAUAUGGACCCGAACCAACGAGGCGAGCAGGGCGUAAGAGUCGCUUUGUCGACGGACGAUCUCCUUCCUGCUCUUCUCUCCGCCCUGCGCAAUGAUGUGGCACCGGCAGAGGCACCAAGAAAGGCCUCGCUGCAAGCUUCCAUCGCAAAUCCCGGCAUCUUCAAGGAUAUGCUUUCUUAG